AUGCUCGAGCUCCUACUGCUAGGUGGCUUUAACGUCAAUGCGUGGACCAGAGAAGAUUGGCCUCCUCCUCUGGCCGACGCAUUAUUCGACCCGGAGCUUGUGAGAUGGCUCGUUGAACAUGGCGCGGACCCGAAAGCUCAAUGCAGAUACGACAUCACACCAUUGUCGAUCGCAGCUGGGUCGGCCUCGAGAGAAGUCGUCGAAUUGUUGUUCGAGCUGGGCGCCUUCGUGAAGCAUGGUCGACCGCUACACUGUGCCGUCAGAGCCGACCGUGGAGACGAUGUCGUGGAGCUCCUCUUGAGAAAAAGUGCCUCGCCGCACGCACUCAUGUUCCACGACCACCCGGUGUCGUUCUACCAGUUCGAAUGCCUCGGUCUGGGAACACCAUUACACGAGGCUGUCCGCCAGCGCAACGACAGGCUGGUACGGCUCCUUCUGAAUCACGGCGAGAAUCCGCAGAUCAGGAACAGUCUGGGAGGAUUGCCACAGGUCAAAAGGCUCCCUUUCAGCACUGCCCUCUGA